AUGGCUGAAAGCAGAAACAAGCUGUUGCAACUGGAAGAAACAUCUUAUAAAAGUACAGUAAAAGUUCCGGAGGCUGCUAUGGAGACGGAGACAGAGCUGCAAGAGCUGCAAGAGCCACAAUCCGAUGAUAGCCAUCGUCUCUUGAGUUUGAAAAGAGAAAUGCUGGAAUUGAACCAAAAAAUGCAUGUGUUCCGGAGGCCGAGCAUGAAAGUUGUCUGUACGCUCAUCUUCGUGUUUGGUUUCUCCGAGAUGCUGUACUUGACUCCUUUCAUAACACUGACUAUGGAUAAAGUAUGCGAGGGAUUGAAUCAAGAGCAAUGCGAUCCAAAAGAAGUGCAGAUGAGUCUUUCCUCAAUAACAUCUUUGAAUCUAAUCGUGGCCGGCACAAUCAGUACGAUUAUGGCCGGUAAAUGGGGCCAGUUAUCGGACCGAUACGGUAGGGUCCAUGUCUUCUGCUGGAUGGGUGCGAUCCGAGUGGUUGGGAAUAUCACCCAUAUUCUGUCACUAUCUCCUUUGGUAAAGUAUAAUAAAUGGCUAAUCGUUUUUUCCUCCUCGGUCAGUUCAUUGAGCGGGGGGAUGUUCGCCUUUUUUGGGAACGUCAACAGCUACAUUAUCGAUAUUGUUGAGCCAGAGGAGAGAAUAUCGAGCAUUAGCAUUGCAACUGGUGUUAUGCAGAUCACAACUGCGGCUGGCCCCAUGUUCGGCUCUUUCCUGGUGAAAUGGGCCAACGGUAAUGACCUGGUUCCGAUAUAUGCUGGUCUUAUAGCGGGACUUAUAUUCACCAUUUCUUGCUUUACCAUUGUGGUUGAACCAAGACACCACGAAGCUUUGAAGCUUUCUCAAAGUCAGUUUACUCAGAGAAGAGAGAGCCUACACGGUUCAUACAGUGCUGAGCUGUUAUCUACCUCUACUUUCCUGUUCAAGAUGUGCCACCACGGGAAAUAUCACCUAUCCCAACUCCUUGAGCUUUUGUUGCCCUUGAAGCACUUGUGGCUGAAGCCCACCGGACGGAACAAGUCGUUGAGACCACGUUAUAACGUAUUACUACUCCUUGGUAUCGAUAUGCUUUUUAUGGGUGCGACCAUGGCAAUAAUGCCCACUCUUGUUCUCUUCUGCACCUACAAGUAUAAUUGGAAGUCUGUGGAACUAGGAUACCUAAUCUCUCUCUCGGGCAUCCUCAACGCCGUGAUGCUCUUCGUCGAAUCAAAAUUCGUCAUGGGCUGGCUGAAGAAAAUUUUCACUAGCACUUCCAAGUAUUCUGUCGACUACUUAGACAAGUUUACUAUCACCUGCUCCUUGGUUUUCGUCUCCGUCGGGGUUGCUACGCCGCUAAUCAAUAACACCUAUUCGAUGUCAAUUUUGGUAUUCCUCGUGUUCAGAGCCCUGGGGAGGAUAUGCACACCUGUUACCGAGUCGGCCAUCGUAAAAUACUACAAAGAGAACCAGGAGAACACGGGACAAGUGUUUGGGGCGAUUGCGCUACUCAAUUCACUAACAAUGCUCGUUCUGCCUCCCAUAUUUCUGAAGAUCUACAGUGCUACCAUUUCUUUCAAGCCGGAGUACUUCCUGUACGUGCCACUGGCGGGCUCACUAUUUGCCUAUUUUGUUUGCAGUCCUACUUCGUAUUGA